ACUUGCAAUAUCUCAUGCUGACCAAUAACACAUUGACAGGAGAAAUUCUAGAAAAUCUGACACAGUGUUCUGAACUCAAUGUCCUCAAUCUUUACGGGAAUCUGCUCACAGGGAGGAUUCCAACUGAGCUUGGCUCUCUCACAAAGCUCACCAGAUUGAUCCUUGGUCUCAACAGUCUUACAGGAAGCAUCCCACCUUCAUUUGGAAACCUUUCGUCUCUCACUUACCUUCAUCUAUCAAGAAAUAGUAUAAAGGGCAGGAUCCCAGAUGAACUUGGUCAGUUGGUGAGGUUAAGCAUUCUUGCCCUAAGUCAAAAUGAAGUGUCAGGUACGAUUCCGCCCCAGCUAUACAAUCUCUCCUCUAUUAAUGUUUUGGCAGUGACAUGGAACAGAUUGCAUGGAAAUCCUCCACCUAACAGAGGCCUCACUCUUCCUAAUCUCCAAGGACUCUAUGCUGGAGGAAACCAAUUCACAGGACCCAUACCAGUUUCAUUAUCCAAUGCUUCUAGACUUACAAAUAUUUCCCUUGAUAAUAAUAGUUUUAGUUGAUCUGUGCCUCUAAAUUUCGGAAACCUAAAAGAUCUCACUGGUUUAUAUUUGUGGGACAAUGAACUUGGAAUUGGGAAAGCUCAUGACUUGAGUUUUAUCGAUUCUUUAACGAAUUGCAGUAGCUUAGUAGAACUGGAAGUAAGUGAGAAUCAUCUCAAUGGUGCGUUGCCCAACUCAAUAGCUAAUCUUUGUACACAGUUAACAAGUCUAUUGCUGGCGAGUAAUAGGAUAUUCGGAAGCAUCCCAUCUGAGAUUCAGAAUCUGGUCAGCUUAACAGUGUUGGGUAUGGAUGAUAACUUUUUAACAGGUACUAUUCCCAUUGGUAUUGGGAGGCUUAACAAGCUGGGGAAACUUCACUUGAAUAUAAAUGAAUUAUCAGGGCAAAUUCCAUCUUCCUUGGGCAACAUCACCAGCUUGCUCACACUCAGUUUACGUGAAAACAAUCUAUCGGGGAGCAUUCCUACUAGUCUUGGUAAUUGCAUAAACCUGCAAUUCAUAUACCUCGGCAGUAAUAAUUUCAGCAGUAGCUUACCUAUACUACUUUUCAGCUUUCGGCUUUGAUUGAACUUUACGUCGAAAGUAACUCUUUUACCGGUAGUCUGCCACUGGAAGCUGGUUACUUAUAAGCACUUGGAAUAUUCAGUGUUUCUAAUAACAAAUUGUCAGGCGAAAUUCCAAUUUCGUUGGGCAAUUGUCUCAGCCUAGAGUUUCUGUGGUUGGAUGGGAACUUUUUUCAAGGAUCAAUUCCUCCAACAUUUAGUACUCUAAGAGGCCUUCAGAUUCUGGAUCUUUCACGCAACAACUUGUCUGGGGAGAUUCCAAAAUACCUGGAGAAGCUUGCUUUACAGAAUCUAAAUUUAUCCUUCAACGAUUUCGUGGGUGAAUUGCCGAAACAAGGGGUCUUUGGAAAUGCUAGUCAAGUUUCAGUGCUCGGAAAUAGUAGGCUUUGUGGGGGUAUUCAAGAAUUAAAAUUGCUUCCAUGCUCUAACCAAGCUUCCAAGAAACGGGGAAAGUCUCCUACUUCAAAAGUAAAAAUCUCAAUAGUUGUUGUUGUCCUGUGUCUUGUUUUACUAUCAUGUUUCUUUGCCACUAUUUAUUGGAAAAGAAAAUCGAGAAGGGAACCUUCUGCUACGGUUUCUGUGGAGGAUGCUUUUGUCAACGUGUCUUAUGGGGAGCUCUUUAAAGCAACAGAUGGCUUCUCUUCUGCCAACUUGGUCGGCACUGGAAGUUUUUUGCCGCUGUAUAUAAAGGGGCUCUAGAUCGUGAUGGAAUUAUGGUUGCAGUAAAAAUCUUUAACCUUCAUCGACAAGGAGCUCUGAGGAGCUUCAUCGCCGAAUGCGAAGGCUUGAGAAACAUUAGGCAUCGAAAUCUUGUUAAGAUCUUAACUUGUUGCUCAAGCAUUGAUUUUAAUGGCAAUGAUUUUAAAGCUCUAGUUUAUGAGUACACGCCCAAUGGAAGUCUAGACAAGUGGUUGCAUGGUGAUGGUUAUGACGAGUUGAUAAGGGACCUGAAGUUUAUUGAAAUGCUAAACAUAGCCAUAGAUGUGGCUUGUGCACUGGAUUAUCUACAUAAUGAUUGCAAAGCGCCAAUCAUUCAUCGAGAUUUAAAGCCAAGCAACAUUCUUCUUGAUGAUGACAUGACUACCCGCAUGGGUGAUUUCGGGCUGGCCAGGUUUUCAUCUGAGGUUGAUCAAACUAGCUCAGUUGGAAUGAAGGGAUCUACUGGGUACAUCGCUCCGGAGUAUGCGAUGGGCAGUAAAGCAUCUACACAAGGAGAUGUUUAUAGCUAUGGAAUCCUUUUAUUGGAGAUGAUCACUGGAAAGGGGCCAACUGAUGACAUGUUUAUGGACAAUCUAGGCCUUUAUUAUUUCGCAAAGUUGGCUUUGCCUGAACGAGUAAUGGAGAUUGUUGAUCCACGACUGCUUAUUAAAGACGUUGAAGUUACUCAAGGCAAUGAAGAUCAUAUCAAUACAAGAAACAGAAUGCACGACUGCUUGAUUUCAAUGGCCAAAAUUGGUGUAUUGCGCUCUGCAGAAUCUCCAAGAGAACGAAGGUGCAUAAGAGAUGUGGCUACAGAAAUGUAUGCAAUCAAGGACUUGUAUCUCAAGGUCAGGAUUCACUAAGAGAAACAAUUAGGUCACAUAUAUUGGAUGGAGGUUUGUCUUACAUUAGUCAUUACUAAGUUAUUAUCGAUAGUUAUGUUGAGAAAUAUUUUAAAAUAAAAUUACCUUGUUGAAUACUUUUCUAAACAAGCUUUAGAUAUUUUAGUCUUGGGUUGAGAGUGUGCUUAAAUUGAUACUGAAUAUAUGAGAAGAAGUGUUU